AUGGCCUCCACCCAAGAGCCCCAGGACAAGCGCCGCCGCGUCGACGCCGACGCCGUGGUCGCCUCGGACCCGGACAGCCUCAUCACCUCCGCCGACCCGGAGCACCCCGCCAACCUCAUCCCCUCCCUCUGCGCCAAGUUCUGGACCCUCGGCUGGGUCACCGGCACCGGCGGCGGCUGCUCCAUCCGCGAUGAUGACCUCGUCUACAUCGCCCCCUCGGGCGUGCAAAAGGAGCUCAUGAAGAACACGGACAUCUACGUCCUCUCCCUCUCCGCCCAGCAGGACCCGACCUUCCGGCAGCGCACCUACCUGCGCUCCCCGCCGUGCUACAAGCCCUCGCAGUGCACGCCCCUCUUCCUCGCCGCCUUCACCCGCCGCGGCGCCGGCUGCUGCAUCCACACGCACUCGCAGUGGGCCGUCCUCGUCACCCUCCUCCUCGAGCAACAGCAGCAGCAAGGCAGCGGCAGCGGCAGUGGAAGAAACGUCUUUGAGAUCAACAACAUUGAGCAGAUCAAGGGCUUCGGCAAGGGGCCCUCCAAGCAGGGCAACCUCGGGUACCACGACACGCUGCGCAUCCCCGUCAUCGAGAAUACCCCGCAUGAGGAGGACCUGACCGAGUAUCUCGAGGUCGCCAUGGAGGAGUUCCCGGACACGUAUGCCGUUCUCGUUCGCCGGCAUGGCGUCUACGUUUGGGGCGACAACGUUCACAAGGCCAAGACGCAGUGCGAGAGCCUCGACUAUCUCUUCCAGCUGGCUGUGGAGAUGAGGAAGCUUGGCAUCCCCUGGGUCAGCGACAUUCCGCGCAUCGCCCCGGACCGUUCCUAG